GCGGCUGAGGCUUCUGGGAGUUGAAGUCCGAAACGAGCAGGCGGACUGACGCUUGGGAAUCUCUGGAGGAGGAGGAGGAGAUCGCUUCAGCCGAGAAGGCGAUUCGUCCCUCAGGCGGAGACGGGGAGGAGGUGAAGAUGGCGGAGGAAGAGAAUUGGAGGAUGUCCUGAAUCAAGUGAAAAAAGGAUUUUUUUCAGCCUUGGUUCUCCUUCUCCUCAGGCUUCAAAAAACUUGUGCUGAAUGUUGCUGGGAGUCCAUAAGGCCAUGGCAGAUGCUGCUGCCCAGCCAUCCAUACCAAGGAAGUGUGGCCCAUACAUUUCUUCAGUCACCAGCCACAGCCUCAACUUGAUGCUUCGUGGGGUGGUCUUGUUUUUAAUCGGCGUCUUUCUUGCAUUAGUAUUAAACCUGCUGCAGAUUCAGAGAAACGUCACCUUGUUUCCCCCCGAUGUAAUUACAAGUAUCUUCUCGUCAGCUUGGUGGGUCCCACUUUGUUGUGGAACAGCUUCAGCUGUGAUAGGGUUACUGUACCCUUGCAUGGAUAAACACCUGGGAGAACCACAUAAAUUUAAGAGGGAAUGGUCAAGUGUGAUGCGCUGCGUAGCAGUCUUUGUUGGCAUAAAUCAUGCCAGUGCUAAAGUGGAUUUUGCCAACAACAUCCAGUUGUCUCUCACACUUGCUGCACUUUCCAUUGGACUGUGGUGGACAUUUGACAGAUCCCGAAGUGGCUUCGGUCUGGGCAUAGGAAUUGCAUUUCUAGCUACAGUGGUCACCCAACUCCUGGUCUACAAUGGAGUUUAUCAGUAUACAUCUCCUGAUUUUCUGUAUGUGCGGUCCUGGUUACCCUGUAUAUUUUUUGCGGGUGGAAUAACGAUGGGAAACAUUGGCAGGCAGUUGGCAAUGUAUGAAUGCAAAGUUACUGCAGAAAAGUCUCAUGAAGACUGAGAAUUGCACAGGAGACUAUUUGACAGACUGGGAAGAGUACUUCACUAUGAAAUUGCCAAACCACAGUUUCCCUACUCUUGUUUCUUCUUCGUCUCUGCACCCCUGACCUGAUCUGUCUUCAAAUAGUACUAUUUUCUGCAAUCCGUGAUUGCUUCAUCUGAGUGUCACUUGAAAAUCCAAGCAUCUUGGGAUAUUGUCAGCAUGAAGUUGCACAAGAAAGUAACAUGAUGGAUGAGAUGUUUGUUUAUACCUUGGAGCUUCUAUUUUCUGAACUAAGCUUGGCUUACUAUGUCCCAUCCUUUUUGCAUAAUAUUCCUGUGCCAAACCAAAGUGCUACUUUUUUUGUCUCUAUUUCCACACUAAAUUUGUUUAAUUUACUUUAGGGCAGUUUAGAUUUGGUGUUGUUUGAAUAUCACUUUGAAAAUGCAUCCAGGUUCAGUCAAAAUUACAAUCUCAGUGUUGUGAUUGUAAUAGCUGAAUAAAUUGACAAGACAGUUGCUCAUUAAGUGGAUGUAUACAUGGCCAAGUUCAACUAUCUGUCCUUUUUCAUGGGUUGAUUGGAUGCAAAAAUCAACCUGUAUCAUCUAUACUACACAUAGGCAAGAUUGCCACUGUAGUCACAAUGGUGUGCCACUGAUACAAUCUAUGUAUUGUAAGAUGUGUCAUGCCCUGCUCAGACAGCGAAGAGGAAGAAUGGAUAGAAGUGCCAGCAGCAGAGCUUGAAGCUAACAGCUCCCAGCAGCCUUGGGACCUUUGGAAGUUCUAGUGGCUGAAUCUAGGCUGUCAGUUCUGAACCAAUAGCUGACUGUAGCUUGAUGGCCAUUGACUUGGGCACAGUGACCUGGAACAUGGUGUGGAGACAUGCUGAGCAGGGAGAGGACCAACACCUGGAUGGAGAGGUGGCUGGGAACAGGGACCUGGUAAAAGUGGAACAUGGCCUUCAGAUCUUUCCCAGGAAAGAUGGUGAUUGAUAGGGUGGCGUUCAGAGGAAUUGAUUUCAAUGUGAUAAAGAGGGUAGCCAAGGAAUUGGUGCAGGACUGCUGAGAUGGCACUUCAGAAACCCCGCAGGACUCUGGGCUAUUGGCAAAGUCUGUUGAUAUCAGCUCUUCGUCCAGUCAAUGGGACAAAGGGAUGGAUGGGAUCUGUUCCAAGAAGUCAAUUAACGGGCGGCUCUUUGCACCAUCUAGAAGCACAGUGACAGUCUUGGUAUAUCAGGAUCCCCAUGGUCUGGCCCCACAACCUGAUCUUACAAAGGAAGUCCCCAAAGGAGCUUGCUUUGAGACUCAGCCAGCACUUCUUCAUCCUCCAACAUUUUGUUGACCACGAAGAACAUUAGGGCUUCAGCUUUUCACAUUUGUCACACAUCUCUUUCAGAGCCUCCAGGGUUGGUGCAGGAGCAAUGCUCCUCUUCCUCACCUUAAAUCUUUUCAGCAUCUCCUUCAGGGUCAUGGCGAAGCUGUGCACUUCCUAAUUGUCUUUCAUGUGCCUGGACACCUACAGAACGUCUCCUGCUCCUCUUUAAUUAGUCUGUUGGCAGCCUGUAGGUCUUCAGGAUUUUUGAUUUUCAAGAACCUGGCUAAGCUGGGUUUUCUCAGUAUCAGCAUGUGAAAUGGACCCCGCUGGCCUCAGAGAAGGGGAAAGUGGGAUUUUGCCCUCUGGCAAUUUUGGGGUCUUGCUUUACAUUUCCUUGUUUCUUUAGCAUCUGAUAAUCAUCCCAGAUUUUCAUUCCCUGAGGAAAAAACAUUCAAACUAGACAAGAUGCCAAUGAUACAGUACUUGACUAUCUCCUUAAACCAUGAACCCAGUACAUGGGAGAGAGGGCUUUGAUCAGAUACCCAAAAAGCAGAACUUGCCCAUCUUGUGGCGAAAGGCCUCACUAUACCAUAGUCAUUGAUGCACAUCUCUAGGAUGGUCCAGUGUCCAGCGGGGAAUGGAUCUUAUGCUUCUACAGCAGGAGAGCAGUAGAGGGGCCAUUGGCAUCUGCAUUGAUCUGGUCACUGAAGUGCUGGAUGCCCCCUGCCCCCGUUCUCCUUGAAGCUGUUGGAGGCCAUGGCUUUAUGCAGGAAAGGCUCCAAGAUGUCCAGAGGAACCACCUGAGAUAAAGCCGAAGGAGGAAGAGGUCAGCAUCUGCCUUCUUUGGCCCCAAAUGACCACUCACUGCUCCAUCCAGCUCCCUGCUUUCCUACAUCUAUCAAUGUAGGUAUCUCUAAGCUUUCUUCUUGAACUUACUGGGAGCUAUCAGCCUAGAUUAAGCCACUGGAACCUCCAGAGGCUCCAAGGGAGGGAGUUGCAAGCUUCAUGCUCUUCCUCUUCACUGUCUGAGCUGGCCAUGACAGGAUGCUUCACCUCACACCAGAAAGAACAUCAUGUAAGUGAAGACAUGGCCUAAAUCAAGUGCUAAUGCUGCAAUUAUCCAGAAGUGAGUCAUUGGUAUAUAAUAUAGCUUCAUUUUGAAAACAGGAAAAAACAGACUUCUUGAAAUUUGGUAAAAGAAGCCUCACUGUACUUGUUGCAACUUUUACUCUCUUAACCUGUACAUGUUGCCAGGAAUCCUGCAUGUAUUAUUGGUAACUGAUAACACAAUCUGCUGUGAAUUCUACAUGCAUGUGCUCUAUUGCAUUGAAUUCAUGGGGAAGUUGUAGAAUUGCUGUAUUUUAUAGUGAGAGGAUCCCAAUGAGAUGUGUUCAGUCAGACACAGAUCAGAUUAUGGUAAGGGUUAAGGAACACAAGAGUAGUAAAAUAAUACCUUAACAGAGAGGAAGUCCAGUUUUUGUUAACAAAAAGAGAAACUUAACUUGAACCUGUUUCUAAAAUGACCAGUUUCAUUGCUUCAUUCGUUUGUUAAUUUAAGCUGCUGUGUUUCUUUUCUUUUUUAAGAAUACCCUUUAAAGGAAAUAUUUAUGAAAGAUUUUAUUUGGUGUGCUAUAUUUACUCAGAAAGGCUGAAGUUGGUCCAAAGUAUUUUUAGAUGUUUUGUUUUUCUUUCAUAAUUUGUAAAUUUUGGGAACAAAGGCAAGUGAAGCAACGUCUUUAAGGCUUUUUAUCAUAAUAUGUAAAUAAUAUAUGGUAGCAGCUUUGAACAAAAAUGCUACUGGAAGGACAAUGUGCAAUCAGUAAAAGAAAAGGAAAAAUUUAUGGGCACAAAUCCUGUUGGCUGUGAGUAGACUCAUUGAAUAAAUAAGUGUUGAUUUAUCAAGUUACCAUUGAUUCAGUGAGUGUACUCUAGUUUGAAAUAGUAGGAUUAAGUAGGAUUAAGGCCUCUAAUAUGCAAAAUAUGAGUAGCAACAGCUUUCCACUAGCUGUUGCAACUUUCACCAUUGUCCGGCAUUGCCUCUAUGAUUGGACUUCAUAUUAGAAAGCACUUAAUAUUAGUGCAUCUCCUUAUCCUCUCACCUCCAUGAUAUGUGUAGCACAAUUGUGUAAUUUUUAUUUUAUAAUGCCUCCUGUAACAGAGCUUAUGGCAUUUGGGAUUGCUGAGAUAAUUAAAUAAAUUGAAAUUUUAAUAAAUUUAAAAUUUAAAUAAUGGGAAUGCUUAAAAAUUAAACUAAGCAUUCUUGUCCUGGUGUAGCAUCACUCAACUAAAUCAGUCAUUCUAUUGAUUGAUACUUAUGGGUCAAAGCUGUUUAAAGUCUUUAACUGGGUGUCUUGAAAUUGUGUUAUGAGACUAUUUUGGAGGAAUAUAUCCGAUGAUUUAAAAUAAUAUAUUGAUUAAAUAUUUAUUCAUUGUACCACUGAAAAUUAAAAUGGGUGUGAAAGGAAAGGUUUUUCAGGGAGUUGCAUCAGGGAUUUCUAAUGUAAUGUUUUCUGCCCUCUGCUUGGAUGGAGGGAUUUUCUUGUCAUUAAUAAUCAAAGAGCUUCUGUUUGUAGUUAUUUUUUUUAAACACACACACAUUUUGUUUUAAUAAUCCAAGGCAGAAAUAGUACUAAAACAUUUCUGGCAUGGAGCAGGAUCCUGGUUUGCCAGUUUACUGAAUCUAGUUGCAAUGUGAAUGGAAUUAUGAAGAUAUGAGAGACUCUUGAGUAAUACCUCAAUUUACAGUGUGGCAUGUGUUAGCCACAGUGAUGGCUCCCCAUGGUUGUGUUAAUUAACCUUGUGAAUGACACCAGACUAGGCAAACUUUGGGAUGCUUUUAAUUCAUGGUCUUGUAUCACAUAGUCUUUGAACCCAACUGUAAAGAGCUUAUAGCUGCUUUGCAGAGCAGUUUCAAUUGGAUGAUAAACCUUAAACAUAUGAAGGCAUCACUCUUAACUAUAUCAUAUUGGCAUGAAGAUAGAGAUCCUUGUAUAUUAAAGAUUCUCACCAGGCAUCAUUGGGGCCAUGUUUUGCUAUGCAUCUGGGAUAGCAAAUUGACAUUUUGAAAAUGCUGCUUGGGAUGUUCUGAGUGAAGUCCAAUUGUAAAGUCAUUGAUGCAAUAUCCAUCUGCAUAUCAUCCCCACCUCACUCUUGUUUUCUGUUAAGUAGUUUUUACUUAACAAAUCUUACAUUGAUUUUACGUACCUAUCAGACAGUACUGGAAUUUUGAGAGGUGAGUCUUGUAAUGGGAAUGCCUUAAUUACAGUGGUGGAAAGAGGCUGCUGCUGUAUAAUGUGUAAUUAUAAUAUUAGACUGUCUUCAAAAUGUUCUAUAGAGGAUGAAUAAGGUAUAUUUUAGAUACAACUUUAUAAGCACUAUAAACUCUUCACUAGCUGUGAAUUGUAAAGGUUGAUGAUGUUUACUUCUUCAAAUUGCUAUUAAAAGCAAAAUAUGUAUUAAAUAUAAUUACAACCUU